AUGGGGGGGCCAGACCCCUCCCCACUGGCACCACAAAGCCUCUUAGGGGCCUCUCUGGGGGCUCGGGGGCAGCGUGUGGCACCAGGCACGUGGGAAGCAGCAGCCUCCUGUCAAGGACACUGUCCCUGGUGUCACAUCCAGCCUGCUCACCAAGCUGCCUUUUCUGCCUCCAUCUUAAAUCCCCAGACACUUGUCCCAAACUUGUCCCUUCAUCCUGGGGGACUUGCAGCUGUUGAGACCCACCCAGACCCCCCCACGUCAUCCCAGGACAAGGUCCCCAAGAAGCCACCCAGCCCUGGAGUGUCACGCACUAAUGAACCCCAAUUAACAGCCAGGCUCUGCUCUCUGCCAGGGAAGAUAAAUCUCCCUCCACGAAAAGCCCCCCAGAGCAUCUCCAGGCCGGAGGGAGCCGGCUGGGCGGAAGGAGCAGCUCUGGAGCCGGGAAUCGUGGCACUCUCCAUGAGCCUGGAGCCCCCCAAGCUGGAGGUCAAAUCGGCCACGAGGGUGAGCGGGGGUCCUGCCACCCCCCGCAAGGGCCCGCCCAAGUUCAAGCAGAGGCAGACGAGGCAGUUCAAGAGCAAACCCCCCAAAAAGGGGGUGCAGGGGUUUGGUGACGACAUCCCAGGCAUGGAGGGGUUGGGAACAGACAUCACUGUCAUCUGUCCCUGGGAAGCCUUCAGCCACCUGGAGCUGCACGAGCUAGCUCAGUACGGAAUCAUUUAGGAUUUGGGCAGGCUCACCAGCCCUGUAGUGCUGUGUAGGUCGAGGCCCCCCCUGCCCAUGCUGGGGAUGGGGGGGGCUCAGCUUGGAAAAAUGCUCAUUAAACCCUAACGAGCACAGGA